GUAAAGAUACUCUCUGUUGCUGGUGCUGAUCCAGAAUCGAAUCGAAAUAUUCUUAUUAAAAAAGAAGAAGAGCGCUUGCGUGCGACAUUGCGCCGCGAAAGCCUACAGCGACGAAUGCAAGAAAAGCAAGUCAUUUCGAGGAGCAUUUUCGGUGGACGUACUUCUGGCGGCGGGAUGGUUGGCUACGAUGAUGACGACGAUGACGACGAUCCCUCGCGCUCUAUCUCACUUAAUGCUAUCAAAAAAUCAGCCAAAACUCUCCUGAAACGUAAUCGGAAUGAAAAUUUUUCUGCUAUCUAUUCAGGCGAUUCUGGAUCACUGAGUGAUAUAUCAGAAAAUCCAACUCGAAAGAAAAGUCGGGCCAAAAUUGUAGACGAAGAGGAUGACUAA